UUCAAAAUGGCGACUACAGCGAAAACAUGACAACAAUCAUUUCUAUCAUAAUGCAGUUUUUAAUGCCGUUAAGUUAUGAUUUGUUUUCAGUUUUAACGAGGAAUUUUGUGUAUUUAGUGAUAAGAUUUAUUUCAAUUCAGUUUAAAAUUUGACAGAAGAAAAUUUCCAGCACAAAUCAAAAUGGAAAAUAUGGAGAAGGCGUCGAUCAUCAAAACUGUCAUCAUGUCAGCUAAUCAGUAUAUGUUCAACAAGAACAACUCCAACAUGAUCUUAUUCCAGCAUCAACUAGAUGUUCUAUUAGGAAUUACAUCUCGAGGAUCAGACUUGAAGUUUUUCCAUCCACGAAACCUCCUGCCAACAGAAUGUUUGACUGUGCUCAUUGAUAUCAUGAGAGAGACCAAUGAAAUGAAGCCCUCACUGAUGAUUAAGUGCCUACAGCUUCUACGGAACCUUGCUGUUGACAAAUAUAUCCGAGAAGCUUUACACGAGUCCUUUAACCUGACUCCGGUCCUGGUAGAUAUAAUUAAACAUACAUGUAAUUCAGCUGUCAAUCCUUUAUGUAUGGAGUCCCUCCAUUUAUUACAAAGAAUAAUAUAUGGGCAUAAAAUGGUACUUCAGGAGUCGUAUGUACAAGACCUGUUGGAUUUCAUCAUUCCACACAUAACAGACCCUGCCCAGGAUUGUACUCAGGUGUGUCUGGGACUGCUAGUCAAUCUCUGUAAAGAGAACUUCGCUAUUCAGACCUAUCUCAAAAACAUGGAGAAUUCCAAACAGUUGAAGAGGACCCUAUUGAAACAUAUAUCUGGAUCUGACGGAAAUCUGGACUGUAUCAUCUAUUCCAUCUCUGUUGUCACCAGUGUGUGGCUCCACGACCAGGAGUAUGAUAUGGUAUUUAAGCCAUCCAACUUGAGUCCCAUGUUCCAGUCUAUCUUUAACAUCAUAUUAAAGGGGGAGACUGGAAUGUCACGAAGAUACGGAGUCGAUCUCUUCAAGGACAUUCUCAAGGACAGUCAGAUACAGGGAGCCUUGUCAAAAUUCAGUCAUCUGUCUGCAUACAUAGAUGGAGUAUUGAAAUUAAUUCCAGUCAGUACUGCGGAGACAGUGGUCAUGGUGUUUGAAUUGCUGCUGUGUUUCUGCUCUAUAGAGGGAGUGAGGUGCUUAAUUUCUAGAAGUGUGCUGUCCACGUUAGAUUUUAAUGUCAGGCCUCAGUUCUCGGACAUGCUGAUUGGUCCUGUGAAUCAAGUCAGUGAACCGUUACUGGCCACGGUUCACUGGGCGCAACAGUCUUCAGACACACAUGACGAAGCACCUCUGUAUGCACUGGAUUUCCUAGCAGAAGUUUACGAGGAGCUGAUUUAUUCUAACACCAGACUGAAGUACUCCACCCAUGCUGACCUGGUGUUACCGGUUUUAUUGUCCUCACUGAAUUCUGAGAUAGACGUGGACAGUGAUCUCUGUAAUCCAAGGAAACACUGCAAAAAGAAAGUCAAGACGCUGCAACUUCUGUCAGUGUUGUCGGGGGAAGAUGAUAUCAGGAAGAAAAUGGUUGUUUUAUUUAAUCCAACAGUUUACAGUCAGCUGCUGGAUUUCCAGCUGACCAAUAACAGGGUCACUCUUCAUGUUAUGAAGAUGUCAACGAGUUGUGAAGAUUGGAGUGAAGAGGGAGUACAUAUUGUGAUAUUUUGCAUGGAGCUGAUGUCUAAACUGAAGAAGUACAUGCCGAAUGUGGAUGGCUUGUUCUGUUCCCUGUUACAGGACAGUAGGAUGGUUCCUUUCCUAUCAGCAGGACUGACUAGUCAUGAUCGCACCAUACUACAGACAGCUCUACAGCUCUUCAUCACUGGCACUGCCAUGGAUAAUUUUCCUACAGUCCUAAUUGGAGAUUCUAUGGCCAACUGUAAUGCCAGGAAGAAGGAGAUAACAGACAUUGCAAACACCGCUCCUCUAUCUCUUGGAUCCACCCUAAACAGCACACGACCUCCAUCUCUGUCACAUAAUCAUCUGGGGGACUUCUCCAGAUCGUCCAAUGGUGAACACGAUGCCUCUGUUCAGUCCAUUAUUGAGAAAAUGCAGACUGGAUUAGAGAAUGGAUGGGAGGAGUUUACCAAAGCAGUCAAAGAUAUCAACAGGUCUGAGAUCAUAGACAUUUACGAACACAAAAUCCAAGCUUUCCAGACUAAGGAGAACCAUCUUCAGGAUUUACUGGAUGCUAAAACACUGGCGUUGUCACAGGCAGACAGACUGAUCGCCCAGUACCGGUCACGAAGAGCACAGUACGAAGCGGAGGCUCAUAAAAUGCGGAGGUUGUUGAAGGAGUCUGAGUUACAGUCUGAAGAGCACAGAGAGAGAUUGAACGAGAUGAUGCUGCAUAAAGAAAAACUGAGCAUGGAACUGGAACAUCUGUCCCAGGAAUAUCAGAAAUUAGAACAUAUUUCAGAGGAAUACCAGCAGCUGAAUGCAGCUUAUGCAGACAUAAAUGACAGGUACGAGUCUGCCCAGAAGUCGCUGUUAUCUCUGAAACAAGAGCUGAAGACCCUGACAGAAAUGCACGAGAUUCUACAAAAACACAACGAGUCUUUAAAGCAACAGCACGAUCUGGCAUCUGAACAAUUAUCAAAACUUCAAGAGGAAAGAAAACUUCUGUCAAAGCAACUGAAAGAAAAAGAAGGAAAACUUCAAGAACUAACAAAAAGUCACACAAAGUUAGAGUCAAAAUAUGAAAAGGCAGAGAAGGAAAGAACGGAACUAGAGACAGGGUUAGACCAUCUGAGGGACACCGUCAAUAAGACAGAGCAGACCAAGAAACAGCUACAACAUCAGGUGUCAUCCUUGGAGCUUGUAUGUAAACAACAUGAAGCUGACUUAUUGUCAAAGGAUGACCAGAUAAAGGAAUUGGCGACCCAGCUGGAGAAACACACCCAGAUAGCUGCUCUUAUCCAUAGUCUAAGUAGCGGAAAGUCCGAGUCGGGGGCCAGUGUCACCAAGUGAAUAACGUACUGAGUGGACAGGACAGAUUGUAAAAUAGACUCACCGUGGAAAACAGGAACUAGUGAUUUACUUUCUGGAACAAGAUUCUCAUUGCAAAAAGUUUUGUGAUAUAUACUCUUGUAGUGUCUUCAAGUUGAAUUAUGAAGUUACUAUUUAAGUUUACAUGUUCUGCAUGUACAUGUUGUGUUGUCGGAGUACAAGUUUCUUGUAACUACCAGUCAGGGUCAUAAUGCAAACAAAUUAUUUCCAAAAAUAACUCAAAUGAGUUAUUUUUUGUCCCAAUGAGUUACCUCUCUUUGCUCUCACUUGCUCAACUGAAACAAGUUAUGUUUAAGUUGACGUACUCUGUUCCUUCAUUAAUAACUCAAAAGAAGUUAUUUUUAUUUUGACAUUUUUGUUUCAAUGUCUUAAUCUGACUACCAUGGAUUAAUUUCUAUCUGUUGUGUAGUGUAAAGUGACAAUGUAUGUAUCUGUUGUGAAUGUGACAAAGUUAACUCGCACACAAACACACAUUCUAAAUGAUCAGUUUUUUAAAGAAUAAUUCAAGAAACUAUUGAAUUUUAUUGUAAAGGACUACCCAAGCAAAUCACCUCACAUAUUGUCAGAUCUUAAUUUGAUAUGCAAUUUCAGAUUCAUACACGUGUGUAGUAAGAUAAACAUUCAAAUUUUUAUGAUAAAUUGUAUAUCUUUUGAUGAAUUUCAUUAAUACCUAUGCACUUUAUAUGUGAUAUAUUGUCUAAUUUUCAGGGAAUCUUAUUUCUUGCGUUUAUCGUAAGGCAUAUUGAUCGAAUAUCUGGUACAGUGAAGCUUGCUUUAUCAGACAUGCAGUUAAGACAAAUUUUGUGUCGUAUUAGACAGGCUUUGAGGUUGCACAGUGUAAAGUUAAUGGAGAAAACAAAAUUUUAUGAUGAAUAUAAGAUAAGAUUUCACAUUGUACAUGUAACAAGUAAUACAGGUUUCAGAUUAUGCAGGUUUCGCUGUACAUUUAUUUAUUUUGCAUAUUUUAAUUAGCUUGAACUAUAUGAUGAAAUUUUAAUAUGAAUCAGGAAAGUGACAUUAUUCAUCAUUAUAUCCUGAUUAAUUUGUCUCAGAUGUUUUUAACUGGCAUAACACUGUACAAAUCUGAGAAUUUUAAGAUCAAGAAAGGAAAAUUAAAAGGAAAUGAAAGUAAUGAA